AUCAAGUGAGUUUGAAGGAUCUUUGAGUGAAAUGUUUUCUAGUGUAAAGGAAGAAAGGAGCGGCAACUGAUGUCGGGUCUUCGAAUCUAAUCGAUGACUCUGAUGUUUAAGCUGAAACCAGGCGACAUUUUCUCCAACAAUUCUGGACGCUGCUCAUCUAUGCUUUGAUGAACCAGUCAAUGCAAGGACGUACUCCCCGGUUAUCUUUGGUCAAUCAUCAGGUCAGUCACGACUGACCCAUGGAGGAUAGAACAGAAACUCAGAGAGCUGUGAAGGUGGAGGAGCAUUCUCGGUGCGUCAUCCUGACUUAUUUCCAGGGGGACACCAAGAGCAUGGUGGAUGCGCACUUCACCCGAGCUCUCAGUAAAGACUACAAGGCCAUGGCUCCCGGAGCAAAGGCAAAGAAAUUCCAUAAAACUAUUAAAUUGGAAGACAACAGCCCUUGUCAGGGCCUCGCUGUGAACUCUUACACAGAGUCACAGCCCCCUCCUGUACCAGGACACCUUCUAAACUUCGGCCCUGCAGACAACACUCCUGGCCCAUGGCACUCGCUCGCUGCCAGGGCAGGACAGGGCCCGGGUUUGCCAUCUAUUGCAUACUCCCUGUCGCCAGAAGGGUUGAGUGUUACUGGACAGCAAUACGCCACAUCCCUGCUCAACCUGCUGCAUAGUGACAGGGGUGAGAUGGGACCCAGCAUGGCAUCCAGCUCCAAGCCAGAACUGAUUCCCAGCUGGACGGUGCCUCAAGGGUUUAGAGAGUCUGUGGACCCAGCUGUAGGAUUUGAACCUGAACGGCGCAUGGACAAGAAGGACCUGUACUGGUAUUGAAGAGAGAAAGACCACACAGUGUACACAACAUCAGUUAUACCAGCUGUUCCAUCGGUUAGCUGUUAGAUGUUUUCUCGUCAAACAGUCCUCUGAGAACUCAAAAAGAAGAAACAGCAGCGCUUUCAUUUCCUUCCCCACUCUCUCCAUUUCUCAGUGAAAUGACCUCAGUGCGUCAGCAUGCGCUUAACUGGAACAGCCGUUCUGAAAGGAAACGGUCUCUCACAAACCUGUUCUUCAACUCUGUCAUUCCUCUCGUAGAUCUCCGAGCACUGUAUAUGCUGUUGCUCCCUUUGCAGUGGAAUUGGAUGAAGGAGAUUUUCUUGUGUCUUUAUCAGGCACUUCUCUUAACGGGCCUACACCAGUAAAUAGACCAGUAUUACAUUAUUACAUUGUGAGCCUGUUGAGCGUAUAAAUAUUGAUGUUAAUAUCCGUCUGGAGUUUACUUAGAUGAGUUUAAUUGUGAUGAUGAUGAUAGUGUAAUUUCAAUGACUUGUGUUCUGUAAUCUUCAGUUUAAGGUCUCUUUGAAAAGUGUUGUGUGCUUUACAAAAAUGGAAUCAUAUACAAACAAACUUCAAUAUCUGAGUAGACAAUAUAAUAUAUAUAAGACAUGUGAAAUGCAUCUAAUGUAAAACAGUAUCAAAAUGGCUUUGUAAAGAACUGUGCAUCAGACAGCAAACCACACAAAGUGAACAAUAGUGACACCUGAUGGCAAGAUUGAUACUACUAUCUCAAUGAUGUGUUGUAUACGAUUUUUGAUUUACCAAGACAUGAAGACAUAUGAUCAGUGAUGGGAGGUAACCAGGUACAUUUACUCAAGUAUAGAGCUUAGGUAUAAUUUUGGCAUACUUCCAUUUUAUGCUUCUUUACACUUAAACUUCACUAUAUUUCAGAGGUAAAUAUUGUACAUUCUACUCUCCAAAAAUAUAAUAAUAUAUCACUGACAGCGGCUAUUCUGCAUAAUGAAUACUACUUACUUUAGAGUAGUACAAUUGUGAAUGUGAGGCUUUUACUUGUAAAGGAGUAUUUUUACAUCGUGUUUAUUUCUUUUUAAUUAAGUAAAAUGAUUUGAAUCCUUCUCCUGCCACUGCAUACAAUCAAUUUAUCUUUACCUUUACUUACUGAUAUUGUGGAAAUCAAAGGUGUUCAAAACUAAAAUACAUAAGUGAAAUGAUAGGAAUGAAUCGUCUUCUGAAUCAACACAAACACUGAACAUUUACUAAAUGCUUUGAUCUGAAUGAACAGACAGCCAGUUACAUACUGUAUCUGGCUCUGCUCUGUUUGUCUUGAUUGACAGACAAACACUUUAUGAAAAAUUGCAUUGAGAAAUAAAAUAUUUCAUAUCUUGGAUUUA